AACUCCUAAGGCCCCAGGUGGAAACUCCAAUCUUAAGAAAAUCCAAGGGGAGGAGUAAGAUUAGAUACUGGACGCUACAGUUUUAGGAGAUACCUCUUAAAACCCGGCCUAUCUGAAAUGACCCACAUCCUUGUACUGCAGCCAUAUGUGUAUUAUACAUACACGUGAGAAGAAAGAAAUCGGAGGCAAGAAAUCGCUUCUAAUUCUAGCUCCGCCAAAGGCUCCCUCCCUUACGCGGUUUAGGACUACAAAACCAGUGACCCUUCCCGAACGCGUCUCCGGAAAUCUCUUCGCUAGGUCUGCUAAUGAAUGACACACUCGCUCGGCAGAAUCAGGAAAGCAGCCCCGCUCCGGUUUCCCCGCGCAGAUCUGCUCUGCGGGGUCCACCAACGCCGGGCAGGGCAGGCCAGGUUGCAGAGGCGCGCGCAGAUACAUUUCAUAUUGCUCUUCAGUCGACAAGGGAAAUUACGGCUGCAGAAAUGGUACACGACUCUCCCUGACAAGGAAAGGAAAAAGAUCACCCGGGAAAUUGUUCAGAUUAUUCUGUCUCGUGGUCAGAGGACAAGCAGUUUUAUUGACUGGAAGGAGCUAAAACUUGUUUAUAAAAGGUAUGCUAGUUUAUAUUUUUGCUGUGCCGUAGAAAAUCAGGACAAUGAGCUCUUAACACUAGAGAUUGUGCAUCGUUACGUGGAGUUGCUGGACAAAUACUUUGGAAAUGUCUGCGAACUGGAUAUUAUCUUUAAUUUUGAAAAGGCUUAUUUUAUCCUGGAUGAAUUUAUAAUGGGUGGAGAAAUUCAAGAAACAUCCAAGAAAUCUGCUGUCAAAGCUAUUGAGGAUUCUGAUAUGUUACAGGAGACAAUGGAAGAAUACAUGAACAAGCCUGCAUUUUAACCAUACAACUACUUGAAGACUCCAAGUGCUACAUGUUGCGAACUUGUAAAUAAGCAGUGCCUUGCAUGGAGUUAUUUGACAGAGCCUCUGGCACCAUGCCAAAAAUAACUUAAAAGGGAUUUUUUUGUUACCUAGUAAAAAUUAAAGUUGUUAACAUAAUAUAUUUAUCAUUAUUACAUGUCUGUAUUAUACUGUAUAUGACUAUUUCAAAGUUAAAAUAACUGCUUUCAUAACUCAAUAGACUGAAUAUUUGUUAGCAGUGUUUUAACUCCAAGUCACAUUUUGGAGCUACUUUAAAAUUUGUUGCAAUAUGUUUGAUCUGCUACUGAUAGGAUGAAAAAAAUGUCUUGUAAUAAUCCAUGAUUUUGAAAGUAAAAUAUCUCUUGUAUCAGUGAUACUUUUUCUAAAUGUUUAGUUUCUUAAAUUGUAUAAUCAAAAUUACCUUGGUAGUUCAGAGUUCUACAAUGCUGACAUUUUUAAUACACUUUAAAAAUUUUAAUACUGUAAUUUCAAUCCAGAUACAGUGUAUCUGAUUUUAAUGUCCUGAGUUUGUUAAUUAUUUCAGGGCUGGAAUUAAGGGAAAUGACCAAAGAUAAUAUAGGAUGUAAGUGUUUUUUAUGUCUUGGAAGCUGCUAUCUAGGCUGAAGUUUUAAUUUUACCUUUUAAUUAACUAUAACAGGUGUUUCAGUAAGGUUGUGUUUUCUACAAACCGUAUUUAUUUAGGUUUUGAGAUAUCUGGAGAUAUGUCUGUAACUUACCUUAUUAUAAAAAUAGUAUAAUAAAGAUUAAUAACAGUAGCAAUAAUAAUUACUACUACUGUUUUAAUAAUCUUUUAUGUUAUAAGCACUUAGUUGCUUGAGAGAUUUAGUUUCCAAAAUGUUUUCAUGUAUAUACAAUAUAUUUGAAGACUUAUUGUUUUUUAGGCUUAUUUGGAGCAUUUAAUAUUAUUGCAGCUUCUGUAGCAAGUGCCUUUCCUCCUUUUUUCUCUCUUCAUCUCCCAAAGAAAACAUUUGCUGUUGACUGUUAUUAUUGUGACUAUGUCACAUAUACGCUUUCUGGAGUGAAAGUUCUAUAUAACCAAAGAGUGAAAGUGAUCAGAACUUCUAGGGAAAUGGCUUAUUCUGUUCUGUCUUGGUGCCCUGCUUUUGAUGUCUUACCUGUGUGUUUUCAAUGUUAGUUUUGAGGUCUCAUAUCAUCGUGUUGCCAUGGUUAGGGACCCUCUAGUGUUCUUCCUAAGAGGAAUGUGCUUGCUGUUGGAGACUUCAACUCGAGGGGCAAAUGAUCUCUCUGAUUUACUUUGCAGACAUAUUUAGGGAAAAAAUAGCAAGACAAGAGCAGAAGAAUAUGAGGAAAAAGUUGACCAGCUCUUCAAUAUAACCAUUAUUAAAAGGAAACAACUCAUUAGUAUAUGAAGGAAUUAUGGGGCUUAAUAGCUAUAUUUCCUCAAAUUAAUCAUGUAUUUAUAAUUACGGCAUCAGAUUAAAGUUUGUCAUUUUUAGCACUUGGUUGACUUUAGAUCUUCUUUUGUGCUUUAGCCUGUAUUUUUUUUUUUUUAAUAUGGCAGAGCUCUUUAUUUUAAAAAAACAUUUCAUCAAGGUAAACUUUGGGUAAAUUGAUCUCAGUUUUUCUUGUUCUUUUGGAGUUCUCCAUCAUUUUUGGAGGAAGGUAUUGACUGAACCUCAUUCAGAGGUACUCAGCACACAUUCUGGGGAAUUCCAUAUCAGACCCUGUCUAGCUAGAGACAGGGCUUCUCGGAAUUCUUGUCAGCAGCACACUUAGAACAGGAACAUAACAAACAAUAUGGCACUCAGUCGUACAUUAGAGGAAUUUGGGGGACACCUUACAUGGACAUUGGUGAAAAUAAUCAUUAUAUCAUAUAAUUGUAGCAAAACUGUCAAGUGAAAGAUAAUAAAUAUUUAAUUUGUACAAAACUUCCAAAUAAAAAAUUUUAAAGUUUUUAAACGAG